GUGGGGAGGAGGGCGGGGCCUGGGCUGAGCUGGUCGGUGUCCCGGGGCUGGGACGGAAGUUGCACAAGUACAGUUACUUUCAGUUUUGUUUCUCCUGCAGGCACCCCGGCACCGCCGCGUCCAGGCCUCGGCCCCCGCUCCGGGUGCUGGCGCCCACGGUCCGCCCCGGCCAGGAGGAGGGCAGCUCCCUGGCUCCAGAGCAAAUGACCAGAGAACUCAGAAGACCAGAGGAGAAUUCCUGGCCACUCAGCAUGGUGUCCCAAGGAUCCUCGCCCUCCCUCCUAGAGGCCCUGAGCAGCGACUUCCUGGCCUGUAAGAUCUGCCUGGAGCAGCUGCGGGCGCCCAAGACCCUGCCCUGCCUGCACACCUAUUGCCAGGACUGCCUCGCUCAGCUGGCUGAGGGCGGCCACCUCCGGUGCCCUGAGUGCCGCGAGACCGUGCCAGUCCCACCAGCAGGCGUGGCCGCCUUCAAGACCAACUUCUUUGUCAACGGGCUCCUGGACUUGGUGAGGGCUCGGGCCGGCGGAGACCUGCAUGCGGGAAAGCCAGCCUGUGCACUGUGCCCCCUGAUGGGGGGCGCCAGUGCCGGGGGGCCGGCCACGGCCCGGUGCCUAGACUGUGCCGAUGACCUGUGCCAGGCCUGUGCCGACGGGCACCGCUGCACCCGGCAGACUCACACCCACCGGGUGGUGGACCUGGUGGGCUACCGGGCGGGGUGGUAUGACGAGGAGGCCCGGGAGCGCCAGGCGGCCCAGUGCCCCCAGCACCCGGGCGAGGCCCUGCGCUUCCUGUGCCAGCCCUGCUCCCAGCUCCUGUGCCGGGAGUGUCGCCUGGACCCCCACCUGGACCACCCCUGCCUGCCCCUGGCCGAAGCCGUGCGCGCCCGAAGGCCAGGCCUCGAGGAGCUGCUCGCGGGCGUGGACAAGAACCUGGCCGAGCUGGAGGCCGCCCGGGUGGUGGAGAAGGAAGCCUUAGCCCGCCUGCGGGAGCAAGCGGCCAGGGUGGGCGCCCAGGUGGAGGAGGCUGCCGAGGGGCUUCUCCGGGCCCUCCUGGCCCAGAAGAAGGAGGUGCUGGGGCAGCUGCGGGCCCACGUGGAGGCUGCCGAGGAGGCCGCCCGGGAAAGGCUGGGAGAGCUGGAGAGCCGGGAGCAGGUGGCCAGGGCUGCGGCCGCCUUUGCCCGCCGGGUGCUCAGCCUGGGUCGUGAGGCCGAGAUACUCUCGCUGGAGGGGGCGAUCGCCCAGAGGCUCCGGCAGCUGCAGGGUUGCCCCUGGGUGCCUGGGCCAGCCCCCUGUCCGCUGCCCCAGCUGGAGCUCCAUCCGGGGCUCCUGGACAAGAACAGCCACCUGCUGCGGCUCUCCUUCGAGAACCAGCAGUCCCAGAAGGACAGUGGGAAAGAGGGAGCCGGGAGCCAGGGAGGAGAGGAAGCCCAGGGCCACGGAGAGGAUGGGGCCACGAUGGAGAGACAAGGUGCCGCCCAGCCCCAGAGUAGGGAUGGAGCCCAGACCCCCAAAGAGGACAGAGCCCAGGUGCCCCAGGAAAACGGAGCCCAGACCCCAAAGGCGGACAGAGCCCAGACCCCGAGAGAAGGUAGAUCCCAGGUGCCCCAGGAAGAUGGAGAAGUCCAGACUGCAGGGGGCGGCAGAUCCAACAAGAAGAGGAAGUUCAAAGGCAGGCUCAAGUCCAUCUCCCGGGAGCCCAGCCCUGCGCCCGGGCCCAACCUGGAGGGCUCUGGGCUCCUGCCCAGGCCCAUCUUUUCCUGCAGCUUUCCCACGCGGAUGCCUGGAGACAAGCGGUCUCCCCGGAUCACGGGGCUCUGUCCCUUCGGCCCCCGGGAGAUCCUGGUGGCCGACGAGCAGAACCGGGCCCUGAAGCGCUUCUCGCUUAACGGCGACUACAAAGGCGCCAUUCCCGUCCCCGAGGGCUGCUCCCCGUGCAGCGUGGCCGCCCUGCAGGGGGCGGUGGCCUUCUCGGCGGGGGCUCGGCUGUACCUCAUAAGCCCCGACGGGGAGGUGCAGUGGCGCCGGGCGCUGAGCCUGUCCCAGGCCAGCCACGCGGUGGCUGCGAUGCCGAGCGGGGACCGGGUGGCCGUCAGCGUGUCGGGCCACGUGGAGGUGUACAACAUGGAGGGCAGCCUGGCCACCCGCUUCAUCCCCGGGGGCAAGGCCAACCGCGGCCUGCGGGCUCUGGUGUUUCUGACCGCCAGUCCCCAGGGCAACUUCGUGGGGUCAGACUGGCAGCAGAACAGUGUGGUGGUCUGUGACGGGCUGGGCCAGGUGAUCGGGGAGUACGGAGGGCCGGGCUUGCACGGCUGCCAGCCAGGCUCCGUGUCUGUGGAUAAGAAGGGCUAUAUUUUUUUGACUCUCCGAGAGGUCAACAAGGUGGUGAUCCUGGACCCGAAGGGGUCGCUGCUAGGCGACUUCCUGACGGCCUACCACGGCCUGGAAAAGCCCCGGGUGACCACCAUGGUGGACGGCAGGUACUUGGUCGUGUCCCUCAGUAAUGGGACCAUCCACAUCUUUCGGGUCCGCUCUCCUGACAGUUAAGGGGCUGGGACUGGGGUGGAGCUGGGUGGGAUUGGGAGGGAGCGGGCAGGAGUAGGGAGGCAGGGUUAUCAUGGGAGAUGGCGGACGAGGACAUUUUCCCAGAGGGCGGGUGUUAGCAACCUUUCCAUGUAACGUGCCACACUGCCACCCUUGUUGGGUGAGCAGAGAUAGGGACCAAGGCUUGGGGCAUGGCCUAAGCCCUCAGAAGCAGAGGAGGAGGGACGGGCAGGGUGCUGGGAGUUAACCACCUCUUGCUUUUUGUGGGUGACUGCCCCCCCCACCGCCGCCACCCCCCUGCUACUGUUGUCAUAGUUUAAGUCUCUGAGAUUUGUAAGCUUGUCCUAAUUAGCAUUCUUCAGGGGGAGAAAAAAUGACUCCUGGUGGAGGAGCCCAGUGGGAGUCUUGGGGAGGUGGGCAGAGGGUCUCAGGGUGUGUCAGGCACGUGCCUCUGGAAGGACUGAGAACUGGCUCUCCCCGGAUUGGAACGGCCUGGGGUUUUGAAAUGGCAGUCAAUGGCAUCUCCCACAGGAGCGUAGGCUUCUCUGACCAUGGCGUUCCCUGGUGCCCUAUGGGGUGGGCUUCAUGGGCUCCCAAGGGCAGGCACCAGCCCGGACUAAGAGGCGUUGACCUCAGAGUCCACACAGAGAACGCUGCUAGCAGACAGCCUGGCAGGUCCGAGUCUGCUCCUCGGGGUUCUGAGGGUGAGAGAAGGGGUGCCCCCCUCCGCCCACCUCUGAGCCAAGACUUACGUAGGAUGUAAAAUCUCUUCUGUGUUUAUAUCUUUACAUUUCCUGGAGUCUAUUUUUAGUUUCUUCUUAGUUUUCCAGCAAAAUUCCUUUGGAGAAAUGUUGGCUUUCAUUGGUUGAACUAAGGGGUAAGGUCCUUUGGUAGGCCACUGCUGCCGGGGCCAACACCCAACCCCAGAUGCUUGCUGUGGGAUUGGGGAGACGACGGCUGGAAACCCUAAGAAGGUGGUAGCGGGGCGAGGAAGGUGGAGGAGCGAGAACCGGAGGGAAGGACCUCGUUGGGGGUGAACCACAGCCACAGGUUCUUCGCAUGGGUCAUGGCAGUGGUGGCACGGAGGUGGGUGUGUUCAGCCAGGGGCUGUCUCGCGAUGACCUAGGGAAUCGUAAUGUUAGGAUCAUGGACAACGGAGUGUUCGGGGGGAGGAGCCAGGGGGAUUAGGACAAGUCCAAGUGGAAAGCGCAGAGCGUGGGGAAGGGGAAGUUGUUGCUUGUUUAUUGGGGAAAAUCUUCAAGGCCAGGUGAACAAAUUCAAUUACAUAAAAAUUGAAAUGUGUGCAGCAAAGAAUGAAGAUUUUAAAAACCAGUCAGAUGAGAAAACUGCAUCUGUAGAGUUGAUCUGAGUAAGAGCUGAGCCUGCAUAUGUGCAGUAACCAAUGUAUCUUACUUGGUCUGAGGACCAAACAGGCCGCGUGCCCAGGAGGAAACGCGCACAGGCCAAGACUACUAAGCAAAACGAUUUUUAAAGGGCAGCUGCUUUCGUGUGUCAGAAAUACAUUUUGAAAAUAUGUCGUGGAGAAACAGGCUCCUGGCACUCUAAAACGGUGCUUCCUGGAGAGAAUUUUAGCAAUACUUGACAAGAGUCCAAAAAAAAAAAAAAAAGGCUAUAAGACUCAGUUAUAUCACUUUGGGGAGCAUGUUCUGGGAAAAUAAUUCAAAAGGAAAAAAAUAUUUGCACAGAGAUAUUUGUGGCCACCCUAUAAAUUACAGUUUUGACUGGAAACUGCUCAGCUGUGGGGGACAGCUAAGCAGAUUGUGGUCUGUUAGGACAAUGAGCUACUACCCUCAUAUAUGCUAACUAUGAGAACUAUUUACAAGAAUAUGUUAUGUGAUGUAAUCAUAAGG